UUGUUCUGAAUAAAUGCUGAAUAGGUAUGGUGACAUUAUGCAGCUUUGUCAUACUCUUGCAUGUGUCCCACUGAUGUACUCACUGUUGACCUAGACACUACUGAUCCAGACGACCAGAUGCAGAGGAAACCCCAUGUUCUUCAGGAUGUUCCACAGGUUGCUGUGGUUGACACAGUCAAAUACCUUGGAGUAAUUAAUAAAGCACAUGUAUGCGGAAAUGCUACAAUGCCUACACUUCUCAAUGAACAUCUGGAUAUUGAUGAUUUUCAUACCUUUGCCUAUCAUGAAGCCAGAUUCUUUCUCUGCUAUUUCUGCCUUGUGCCUGAAUUUGUGUCAUCCUUGUAUAAUCUUAAAGGAAAACUGUGGUUGUGAGCCCCCUGAAACUCUGGUUAGACUGCUGCUUGUACAGUACCGAUGCCUCUUCAAUGGAAGGGAAAUGUGAAGUUGAUCCUGUUGUGGGGACUGCAGGGCUUCUCAGAGUGAAUAAUGGAGGGGAGGAUCAAUGGAUGUUGUUUGACAUCUUGCCCUUCUAAUGAAACAACAGUGACUUAAUAUUUAAUUUCUUAAUCUGACAUAAGAUCUUGAUGGGGUCCUUUUUGCCGCCACGUGGCCUAACUUAACUUAAUAACAUGCCAUUUAGUUUUCCAGAAAUAGCUGACUUUCGCUGUCAGCAGCACGGACAGUGAGGGAGCUGUGCAAUUUGGUCUCAGUUGAGUAGAUCAUUGUUGGCCGGCCUAGCCAGUCCUGUCUCCUCUCUGCUUCAACUCGCUCCCCCCUCUCUCCCUUUCCAAUCUGCACUGCAUUCAGAGAAGCGUGUGGAAGAGAAUUGAAAAUGUGUGAAGCUUUGUGGAUGUGUGUGCUUGGUGUGUAUGUUUCUGGAAGCAACGCAGGAGAGGCAAUGGGGAUAACUGGAGGGAAUGUCUAUGUGUCUUCCUCUCAUCAUUGUGUUGCCAGUGUGCGUAUAUCUGUGAGUAUGUAUGUGUGUGCAAGUACACUGCAAUGCUGAUUGGAAAACGUGGCUGCCUCAGCCCCCCCGCUACAUUGCGAUGCGUCUCAGGGAGCGCGGAGUGGAAUCAGGGCCGUGCUAAGUGGGAUGAAGGGCCGGAGAUGCUGGGAGCCGAGAACCGUCCGCUCCCUCUGCACCCGCGGCUGCCUGAGUAAACUCAGCCAUGAUGAAUCGGAAGAUGAGGAGCCGGCAUCCAAGUCGGACCGCAGUGAGAUUCAGGGAACUUUAAAGAUUCUUGUGAGCAAGCUUGAUGACCUCAGCACAUGUAACGACCUGAUCGCCAAGCACGGGGCAGCCUUGCAACGUUCCCUCAGCGAACUUGAGGGACUAAAAGUCCCUGUGGAGGGAGGGGAGAAGAUCAAGGCAGUCAACGAGCGAGCCACCCUAUUUCGCAUCACUUCCAAUGCUAUGAUCAAUGCUUGUAGAGACUUCCUGGAGCUAGCUGAAACUCACAGUAGAAGGUGGCAGCGGGCGUUGCAGUAUGAGCGAGACCAGCGCACCCACCUGGAGGAGACCAUUGAGCAGCUAGCCAAGCAGCACAACAGUCUGGAGCGAGCGUGGCGAGAGGCACCUACGCUUGCAUCCAGCACAGCCAGUGCCCCUACCAACAAAAAGGGGAGUGAGAGGCCACUCAAAGAGGAUGCGAGUGAUGAAGAUGAGGAUACUGAGUACUUUGAUGCCAUGGAGGAUUCCCCUGCAUUUAUCACCGUGACUGCCACCGAUAACACACAGCACAGACGAUCUCAAAGCAGUCUGAGCGGCGCAAGUGGAGGUAAUUCGUACGACUGGAACCAGGAUGACCAUAUAUCUCCAAACUGUAAUGAUGUGUCAGGGAAGGAGCUGCCACCGCGCAGACAGCGGCGGACCCGUGUCCCUGACAAGCCUAAUUACUCCCUCAAUUUGUGGAGUAUCAUGAAGAACUGUAUUGGCAAGGAGCUUUCUAAAAUCCCCAUGCCUGUGAACUUCAAUGAACCUCUGUCGAUGCUGCAGCGUCUCACAGAAGACUUGGAGUAUCAUGAACUUCUGGAUAAGGCAGCACGCUGUGACUCCUCGCUGGAGCAGAUGUGUCUGGUUGCUGCCUUUUCCGUCUCUUCCUACUCCACUACUAUCCACCGGACAGCCAAACCCUUCAACCCCCUCCUGGGCGAGACCUACGAGCUUGAUCGCCUCGAGGAGUUUGGCUAUCGCUCACUGUGUGAGCAGGUGAGUCAUCAUCCCCCUGCAGCAGCACAUCAUGUGAUUUCCCAGCGAGGCUGGACCUUGUGGCAGGAAAUUACGAUUGCCAGCAAGUUUCGUGGCAAAUACCUCUCCAUAAUGCCGCUGGGUUCCAUUCAUCUGCAAUUCCACUCUAGUGGCAACCACUACGUAUGGAGAAAAGUCACAUCCACAGUUCACAACAUCAUUGUGGGCAAGCUUUGGAUUGACCAGUCAGGGGACAUUGAGAUUGUGAAUCACAAGACCAAAGAGACCUGCCAACUGAAAUUCUCUCCCUACAGUUAUUUCUCCAGGGAUGUUCCUCGGAAGGUGACAGGCGUGGUGACUGAUAGUGGUGGCCAGGCUCAUUACAUUCUGUCUGGUACGUGGGAUGAGAAAAUUGAGAGUGCCAAGAUCAUUCAAAGCAGCCGAGGCGGUAGUGGAUCAGAGGGCAAGCAGAAGACCAUCUAUCAGACCUUGUCCCCCAAGCUUCUAUGGAAGAAAUAUCCUCUCCCAGAGAAUGCUGAGAACAUGUACUACUUCUCAGCGCUGGCACUGACCCUGAACGAGCCGGACGAUGGAGUGGGUCUGACCGACAGCCGUUUGAGACCAGACCAGAGGCUGAUGGAAGAGGGACGAUGGGAUGAAGCAAAUUCUGAAAAGCAAAGAUUAGAAGAGAAACAAAGGGCGGUGAGGAGAAAGAGGGAAGCAGAGGCCUCAGACGCUUUGGAUGAAGAAUGUGAUAAUGACUCUGGUCGAGAAUAUGAAGGAUACCAUCCACUGUGGUUUCACCAGAGGAGGGACUCCAUCACUGGAGAGACAAGCUUUGUGUAUAAAGGGGGUUACUGGGAGGCCAAGGAGAGACAGGACUGGACCAUUUGUCCUGAUAUAUAUUAACACCGGACGCUUCCCUGCACCAAGACCUCAGGAUACGAGGAGCUGCUCCACAUGUGCUCCUUCAACAGUGAGGUGUAGCACUCUCUGUUGAGCUUUCUAAUCAUGAGAUGUUGAAUGCGACACACACAUUCUAGUCAUACUGUGUACCUCCAAAAGUACACCCUCACUGCUUUACACAUGUAAAAUAUGAUGGGACGGUCCCAGGCACUUUGUGUUGAUGUGUGAUACCCUUGGAGGUGCAACACCACACUAUAGAGGCACGGAAUGUGGUCCUUUGUCAAUGCACUUUCCGAUGUUGCGCAAUUCAAGUUCAAGUUUUAACUUUUCAACCAUACCGAAGCAGGCUGCAUAAAUAGAAAACCAUGCUGAAUACACAUUCAUCUUCACGUGAGUCCUCAGGUUGUUGUGGGCCUCUUUUAGAAACCUUAAAUGAUUUAACUUGUAUUUAAUGCAUAUUUACUUGCAUUAAAAAUAUGGUUGAUUGUAGUUUUUAUGUCAACAAUGCUGUCAACAGGACAGAAAGGGUUUAAUAUUCAGAUUUAGAAAUGGACGUAUAUUUCUAAAACCCUGUAUAAUGAAGCCAUCUCAUAUAAUGAAGCUAUGUUUCAUAACAGCACGGCUGUUUCAUUGAUGGCUCUCCAUUUUCACUUCACCAUACCACCAUUCAUCAGCAAGGCAGUUGUAAGAAGUUGCAAGCAAACUUUUGCAUACUCUUUAUAGUCAAUGACAAAAAAUUAGGGAUGCACAAAAUAUAUAUUUUUCAAGACCGAUACUGAUAACUGAUUUUUAGAGUUAUUUAAAAAAAAUGAUUUGACUGUGCACAACUCAAACAAAGUUGGACUUGACAAACUGUCCCUGUAGAUUUGUCCUAACACAGCCGCCAAAAGCCGUAUUCUUUAAUGAUGCUAAAGGGCUGGUUGUCCAGCGUCAUCAAUUCCGUGAUGAAAUCACAGAUCGCUUUAGCCCUCAGGUCAUCUCUUCAAACCUUUUUGCACUUUUCAAACACUGCAGCGGCAGCACCAAGCUCCGUGAAUGGCAGCAAUGCUUGCAUUUCAAGUGGUUUUGCUCACGCUAAUCCAGCUACAGCACAGUAUGUGUAAUGUCCCCUCAUUGGAGCUAUUUUGAAUGUUAACUAAUUUCAGGUUGUGAUGUCAUGAGUCCUCGUAUCGGACUGAUAUCGUGCAAGCCUACUAAAAAUACAUCUGGCCUCUAAUUCAUGUAAUUCCUGUGAAAAUAAACACAUUAGUUUACUUGUGCUAAAAUGGGGGAUACAUUAUAAGUGAUAGAUGUAUCUUAUUUAACUGUGCAUACUGCAGUGUUGAAAUUUAGCUUGCAAACUAUAGUGCAGGACAUCAAUUGAUUACAUUUCCUGUACAGGCAUGCAUUGUUGUUAUUAGAGACUUCAUAACACGCCUAUGAGCCUGGUCACAAGCAUUUAGUUGGGUGUAAUACAAAAAGUAAUUGCUACUUACUUUUUCUUGAUUUUAUGAAAAUAAGACACCCUAACCCUCCUUCCAAAUGCCAAAUCCUAACCAAACUGGUAAAAUAUCUGCUUCUGGAAAUGAAGUCACAUUUGAAUGUAAUAUAAGUAUGAAAUACUUGUGAGAACUUGUCAAUCUACAUAAUUUUCUUAUCAAUUACUUGUGCUUCAGUGCAUUUCAGGUAUCUGCAGUCCCAAAUUGUACAUUGAGUCACUGAGAGAGGCCUACAUUAGCACUAAUAUGUGCGUGGUGGUAGGUUUGUACUGUAGGUAUCUUUGUGUUCUUGUUGCUGAGAAACUUUAGACUGUGCCAGUUCUCUUGUCCUUGUGCAUCACAUGAUGUAUCCAAGCUGUCAAUAUAAAGUACUACACAUAGUAGAGCCACUUGCUCCUUCUCCUCUCUCAGUAUCUAGUUAAUAGUUCAGGUGUUUUCAGUGGCGCUGUGUGGGACUGGAGUUAAAGCUGGUAGAAAAGGACAGGGCUGGUUCCUGCCAGGUGUAGCCACAGAGGCCUUCUCUCCAGGCUCAGCACAGUGCCCACGUGUUGUCUGCAGUGUUUGUACAAUGAUCGACUUUGAAGUUACCCUCAGUCUUUUGCCUUUAAUUGGCUGGCCUGUACACUAUAUGUGUUGUACAGUGACCAUCUUUGAAAAGAGUUUUUUUUUUCUCAUCACUGGUAGGAAUGUAGAUUUUAAGGCUACAGAUACUGUACAUCCCAUCUGGUCUAUUUGUGUGGUAAGAUAAUUAUACUGUAAAAUAUGACAAUUAACACAUCAUAGUCAUAAAUGAACUUGCAAGGCACCCUAAUUUGGCUACACACUUCAUGUUUUAUAGUUCCAAAUUGUUUUAACAUAGAAAAGAAUGUUUUCUACCACCUUUGAUACAAGCACAUCUGUGUAUGUGUAUGUAAAAAAUGAAAAAUGCUUUGUAUCAUCCAUAAUACUACUGUGCUAAGUACAGUAUAUGUCCAUCCCAUCCAUUUUCGAUGCCACUUAUUCUCAUUCGGGUCGCAGGGGGUAUGCUUGAGCCUAUCCCAGCUGUCUUUGGACUGGUCACCAGUCAAUCACAGGGCACAUAUACACAAACAACCAUUCACGCUCACAUUCAUACCUAUAUGGACAAUUUGGAGUCACCAAUUAACCUAGCAUGUUUUUGGAAUGUGGGAGGAAACCGGAGUACUCGUAGAAAAACAAAACAAACUCUACACAGAGAUGCCCAAGCAGAGAAUACUGUGUGGCCACGGUGCGACCUAUAUGCAUCUAAUAAAGGGGAAUUUGACCAGGUAACAUCAACUAUGUUGUAACAAUUUGCUCAACAAAUACAUCAAUGGAAAGAACCAUCAUCCAGCUCAGCAUUCACAUGUCUGUACAGUUGUUGAAAGAUCAUUUUACCAUAACCCAUAAAACAAUGCUUUUGAAAGCUUGCAUUAAACUGAGGCAACUAA